CACACUGGAGAACUUGAUCUUGACCAGCAGGGUUUGGAACCAUUGAGGGGAAACUUUAAAGUCAUCUGAGCAGUAACUACCAAGGAGGUUCAUCCACAUUCUCCACGUCCCACCUUGGAUAUUUAAACCCCAUCUCACCCCUUCUGGUUGCCACCCACCCGCCCUUGGGACUAACCCGUAGCCCGGUCCGUGUGGUCGUGUCCUCCGUCCCGUAGAGGGCGUCGAGUUAACGCCGGCCCGGAGAUGCCGUCCCUUCUCCCGCUUGCUGUGUAUUGCAUCAGCCUGGUUUCCCUCCAGCAGCCGCUGGCUGUGGCGGCAAAGGACGCUCGCGACAGCAACAGGCUGGACCUCCUCAACAAGCUCAUCAACCAGAGAGAGGAUAAGGCCUCGGUGUCAGGAAGCCAGGCUCACAUGCCCAUGCCCUCUUCGGCACCCAGACAUCCCCCAAAAUGGCUCGCCGGUUUUCUGAGACACCAACCAGCUUCGGGAGUGAGAGCCGCCUCCCCGGAGCUGGCAUGGGCACGUCCGGUUGGGACUUCACAAAUCGAGCUGAGGGGGCCAAGAGUUCGUCGCCAUGCUCAUUCUGGAUCGCGUAAGGGUCACCACUAUCCCCAGCAUGCCCAGCUGAUGAGAGUGGGUUGCGUCCUUGGAACCUGCCAAGUGCAGAACCUCAGCCACCGGCUCUAUCAGCUCGUUGCCCAGAACGGCAGAGAGGACUCAUCCCCCAUCAACCCUAGGAGCCCCCAUAGUUAUGGAUGAGUUAGUUGGUACCCCAAUACACCCGCAGCAAGUCGAUCUAUGUCUCUAUUUAUUUAUCUCUUAACAUAUUUUUGGUAUUGGUUUUAUUAGAGUUCUAUUUAGUCUCUAUUUAGUAUAUAUUUAAAAAUGACAACUGUACUUCCCAUAAAAGUCAGUUGUCAAACCUUUUUCUGCUGAUUGAUGCUGAUUCAACUGAAUCACUGAAACCCCUUUGUGUUCUCCGGCCAUACUGAGAACCUUUGGCCUUUUUAGGAACAUUCAAAGUAUUUUUGGUUCUCAGUUCUGAACGCUGAAAAUAAGGCCUCACUUUGACGUCUUAAUCCUAUUAAUAUUAGAAAGAAGGCUUGUCCUUAACACCGUCCAGUGACCUGGUCCUGUCUGCCAACUGACCUUUGUGGCGGCUGUUAUUCCGCUGCUCAUUGAUCAAACAUUUAAGCCUCUAAUCUAGAUUUCAGAGCCGGGGCCCUGUCAAAACCAUUGCCUUCCCAGAGACCCCUUGAAUGACCCAAAGAACCCUUUUACCUUUCCAUUUGCCCUCUUUUCAUUAACAUUGGAAUUCCCAGGUGAUUUCCCAAUUGCAUAGUACAAAUAUGACAAUGCUGACAACCCUGGAAUAUUGGGUUGAACGUGGAAUAUUACAGGAGCAGGAGUUUUGUUUUUCAGGACCACAGUUUACGAUCCAACUCAAUGUCCCAAAGGAUCCGUUUUAGUGUUACAUUUCAGGAGCCAGUUGGUCAGCACAGUAGGUGGCAAUAGGAGCUGCCGCUGCUGACAUUUUCCCUGCCAAAGGUCGAGUCUGAAAUAUCAGCCAUUUCACGUGAUUCAUAAGUUCCCCUUGCAAGUCACGACGUUGGGUUGACAGCUGUUUAAUACAACUGACCUAAUCACUUUAGGCACACAUACCUACUCAACAGGGGGGGGGGGGGGCUGAGUUUCCCAUAGUCUACAAACACAAUGCAUAAAUAUAAAGAGCAAGGCAUGUGGCUUCCACACAUGUGCACACACAUUACCAUUUAAGGUUAGGUUGUCCCCCCCUUAGCAACAUAUUUUGGGUGAUUUUCCAGGGUAAGAUGCAUUCCCUCUUCUUGAAAGAAAUAUUGCUGCUUAUUAUUUUGAUAUAAUAUUUUCUACUGCUGUGACAAAAUCCCAUUCACCUCCGUUUAUAUUUGGGAGGAGAUAGAGGUCUCUAAAAAUACGCCCAGCCAUGAUGGAGGAUGGAUGGAUAGAGAAAUAUAUAUGGCAUCUCUUUCUACAUUUCCUCCAGGCAAUACUUGACAAGACAGAGUACCCGUUGCUGUCCACAUGUAGUGUGUUGAACAGGUUAAAA